GUUACCGAAUAUGCCGGGCUCAGAGCUAAAAUGUACUCGUAUAAAGUCGAGGGAAAACCCUCAAAUAUGCGUAUCAAAGGACUUACUCGAUCAGCCGUAAAACACAUUACUUUCGAAGAUUUCACGAAUUGCCUAUUUAAUCAAAACACACUGGUUAAAGAGCAGAGACUUAUACGUUCCAAACAUCACGAUUUAUAUACAAUUAAACAAAAUAAAUUGGCUCUCAGUCCGUACGAUGACAAGCGCAUAAUAAAUUACGUCACCACAGACACGAUCCCGUGGGGAUAUAAUUUCCAACAAGCAGCGACUUGUUCGACCACUCCCAUGGAGUUCUAAGUCGAAAUAAAUAGCGCGAUAUAGUAAACGUUGACAUCAUUCGUCUUUCUACCGUUGUUCGCGAUGGCCGACUUAGACAUUCAAUUGCAAUACGAACUUGUUAAAAUUUCACAAAAGACUUACGAAGAUUUCCUUCAAAAAGCCAUUUUUGAUGAUAAUUUUCAAUUAAUUGACAAAAUUCUGGAAAAAAUCGUGAUUCCCGACCGUGUAAUAUAUUGGCUAGCUUUGCGUGAUAAAUGUAACAUCGGGUUGAUGAAAAAAAUCUUUGCCAAAAAACUUCAAUACGAUAUAUUUAUCGAACAACUGCAAAAUAUUUUCCAAAAGGAAUAUAUGUCUCAUAUUAGCCUCGAUAUUUUACGUCAAAUUAUAAAGAGUCAUUAUCCAAUAUUAAAUUCAUUUAAUCGGUAUUAUUUGGAAAAAUUAUUGGUCAACGGUGAUCCGUCAUUGGUUGAUCGACAUAGUCAAUGUUUCUCGGCAAAAAAUAUUUUUCUAAAUUACAAAGAAAUCGAUUGGUCAAUAGAUAAGGCCGUUUGUGAGGCCGCCUACUUUACUCAAUAUAAUUUUUUGGAAACUUUACACCGGGCAGCUGAUGGUAUGGCUCCAGGAGAACGUCUCCAAGGGUACCAAUGGUCAAGGUGUUGGAUGGUCAUCUGGCCCAGACAGCAGCAAAUGGCCAUCAAAAUUAGUUGGAGAUUAUUCUCAGACAUUAUAUAUGUUAAAUAAAUAUUAUUUGUAA